GAGCUCCGGCUGUCCCUGUAAUGACUGCUGAGGCGCCGGGAGGAGAGACCGGGCUGUGACUGCGGAGGCAUACGUAUGACUGGCGCUUUACUUCAGUGUUCUGUGCAUGCCCCCCUCUGCUGAAGGUACUAAAUGCCUUAACUUCAUGUUUCUUCUUGCACAGACGAUACGCCCAGUAAAUCAACAAGAUGGAGGCUCCCUGCCCGCUGUCUGCCAAAUUUGAAGGGACGUUUGCAUACUACACAGUGAAAGACAGACUAACGCAGAUUCUAACAAAAGUGAUAGACACUGUACAUCGGAAUAAAAAUACGUUCUUUGAAGCUCAUGGGGACGAAGGAAUGGAGGCAGAGAAAAAGGCUUUGUCUUUCUUUUCCAAACUGCGGAACGAAUUGCAAACCGACAAGCCCAUCCUGCCGCUGAACGACGAGAAGCCGGACACACAGAUCUGGAAUCAGUACCUGGACUACCAGAAAACGCUACUGAGCAAUGGUGAAGAGCCCAGCUGGUUCCGGUCCCCUUGGCUAUACGUGGAAUGUUACAUGUAUCGCAGAAUUCAAGAAGGGAUGUUGCUGAGCCCUCCAAUAUCUGAAUUUGACGUCUUUAGGGAUGUGAAGAAUGAAAGUUUCUUUCAGUCCCAGCAGGCGAUGUUGGCUCUUUGCAUUCAUCUUCAGGAGCUUAAAGGGAAGAUUAAUAGUCUUAGUAAUGAUGAGGUCCGGGAUGAGAUCAACAAGCUGCUGCAGGUGUCUCUAUGGGGAAACAAGUGUGACCUUUCAAUAUCCGGGGGUCAAGACAACUCCCAGAAGACCAGCGUACUGUCUUCGCUUGAGGACUUCAAAGCAUUUAUACUGGUGGAUGAUAUGGAUUCUCUCUGGAACAUCCUCUCAAGGAACAGAGAUGGGAACACCGAGUCAAGAACAAGGGUUGACAUAGUCCUAGAUAAUGCUGGGUUUGAGUUAGUCACUGAUUUUGUCUUGGCGGAUGCCAUACUGUCUUUGAACCUGGCCACGGAAGUUCAUUUUCACGGGAAGGUCAUGCCAUGGUAUGUCUCAGAUACCACAAAGCGCGAUUUUGACUGGACAAUUCAGCAGUGUCUAGCCAUCAACAACAAGUGGAUGUCAAAGUGCGGACAGACCUGGAAGGAAAACCUAAAGAAGGGACGCUGGGUCUACCAUGAACAUCUUUUCUGGACCCUGCCCCAUGAGUUCUGCACCAUGGCUGAAGUGGCUCCCGAUUUAUACACCGAGCUGCAAAAAUCUGACUUAGUCUUCUUUAAAGGAGACUUGAACUACAGAAAACUUACUGGAGAUCGGAAGUGGGACUUCACUGUGCCCUUCUCUCAGGCACUCCGAUCCUUUCACCCUGCUCCAUUGUGCAGUGUUAGAACCCUGAAGGCCGAUGUGCAGGUGGGGUUGCAAGCAGGGGUCGGAGAACGACUCUCAGCAACGGAGACAGACUGGAUGAUAUCUGGCAAAUAUGGCAUCAUCCAGUUUAGUCCUGCAGUUUGAUGCAGUUUUCUUUCUCUAGUCCCUCCUAUGCUUCAGUUAGCGUGGCAUGCUGCAUAUGUCUGUUAAAGCUUUAGUAACUGAACGUCGUUGAGCUUCAGUUUACAGCAGUCUCGCUUGUCAUUCCGACAGAUGAAAAUUAAAUUGGACUUGUGCUCUUAAUGUAAUAGCUACACAUGAGCUAUAGCUUUAAAACCGUCUGCCUAAUAUCGUGUAGGUCCGUCUUGUGCUCCUAAAACAUCUCAGAUCCGUGUGGCGCCAGCAGCAGAUCCCGUUAUGAAGUGGAACCUCCAUGGAUUGGAGACGCAUCAAUGAGCCUUUGACCCUGUCACCAGUUCACCGAUUGU